AUUUUUUCACAUGUCACUGAACAAGUGACAUUGUCCAUUUUGUCGUACACAAAUCCAUAAAAAAGUGAGCCGCAAUGGACUCGGAAUUGAAAAGGGCGCAAAGGGAGCUCAGGCAGAAGUGCAUGCUCAUCAAAUGUAUGGAGGAAGAGAUCAUGAACUUGAAGAGGGAGUUCAAUAAUCUCGAGAGAGCUUUCAAGCAAUGUUGCAACCAGAACACGGAUCUAGACGUAAUGUCCUUGAGGGAAGACAAGCAGGUUCUCGAACAGAAACUGAAGAAGAAAAGCGAAGAAUGCGAGUGCCUUAAGACUCAACUGCAAGAGGGUAACAACGACGAAAUAGCUUGUUUACAACAGCAGAUUGCGGCACAAAACCAAGUGUACGAGGAAAUGAAGAAGGAAAAUUGCAAACUACAGACGGAAAUCGAGCAAAUAAGGAGCAAGAUGAAGGAGCUGCAAGAUAAGCAUUGCGCCGAAAUGCUGGAGAAAUCCAGAACCAUCGAAAUGCAAAAGGAGCAGAACAAGCUUUUGAACCAAUGCCUAAGCAAAAGUGAAAGCGUCAUCGAUUCGCUGAAAGACAUUGUGCAAGAAACCACGUCGGAUCAGAAACAGAUGCAGGAAACAACGAUGAGUACGCUCGAAGCAACUCGGAGGAUAUGCAAAUGUUUAUUGGAUAUCGAGGAAGCAAAUAACGAUUCCCCGGAAUCCGGUAUGUGUUCCUGCGGAAGCGAAGGUACGGAUACCGAUGGAACGACUGGUGCCGACUCGGAAUACGAUGAAACGGAAAUAACACAAGGCGACACUACUGGGGACGUAACAGAUGGAGAACAAACAUUGACUGACGAAACUGCAUUAGAACAAACAAUGACUGACGAAACUGCGUUAGAACAAACAAUGACUGACGAAUCUGCAUUAGAACAAACAACGGAUGACGAAACUGGAGUAGUAGUAACGGAAGUCUCAGUCAACAUAAAGGUAGAAGAGACAGAUGAGACAGUGGUCGAAUCAGCGGGAGAACCGACAACAAAGCAAUCUGUGGCAGGAACUAAAAGUCAGGAUAAGACGUCAAUAUUGGUGACACAAGAUGAUGGCACACAAGACGAAACAGUGGGAGACACUGCACAAGAGCAAGCUGCGGAAGAAACAAAGCAAGGGGAGGUAGUAGAGGGAGUGUCGCAGGAAAUUGGCAAAGCUAUGAGUCAAACGGGAAAGCGAUCUGUGCCAGCCAUAAAAGAAAAAGAAUCUUGUGUCUCUCAAAAUAAGUGUUGCUCCUGUUCGUCGGAUAAACUUAAAAUGGAGGGUAAUUUGGACAGUGGUGACAAGGUUUCAAAGGUAAAAAUGGGGGAAAGUCAGGCUAGUGUUAAAACUAAUGAAGAAGAAAUAGACAAAAUUACUUUAAAUGCAUCAGCCUCGAAAGCUUCAAGAGCUGGAACAGAAUCGAAAUUAUCCGCGAAAGCUUCUAAAGAAUCAAAGAGCGUUCAAAGCGCGAAGGAGUCUUCAAAAGAAUCACUUGCUAGUUCCAAAACGAACAGUUGUAGUAGUUUCAAAAAGUCCUCAAGAGGUUCAGUAAGCUCGAAUGAACCAACACCGCCUACAGUAAUACAGGUUGAAUGUGUCCAAAAAUUAAAACAACCUUCGAAAGUUCCAGACGCAAACGCAAACGCAUUGAAAACUAAGUGCUCCGCAACUUCAAAAUCUUCAUUGAUAAAAGAAUCAAAAUCACAAGGCCCACAAGUUGAAUGUUCCCAAGGAUUAAAACAACCAUCGAAAGUUUCAUUUUCUAAUGUCUUGCAAACCGACUGCGACGAACUUUUAAAGACUAAAGCAUCAUCGAAAUCAAAAAGCAUUCAGUGUUCGGAUGUUCAACAAAAACCAUCGGUGACUUCAGAAUGUGAAAAAUCAAAAUCCGAGCUUUUUGCGCCACAAGCAACUUCUUCGAAGGUUCCCGUUGCCGAUAAAUGCAUAUGUACUGACGAACUACAACAACAAAUACCAGUAGUAAAGAGUCAGUCGAAAAAUUUAUGCGACACAUGCGAAAAGAGUAAAAAAUGAAUUACUAAUUUAAUUAAUUUACUAUUUUUCUACAUUUUCAAAUAAACAUUCACAAAGUUUAUAAGU